AUGCUCAACCUGUGUCCUUCAUCUCCAGCCCCUGCUGCAAUGAUUUAUGGGGUCACAAAUCACGUGUCCAAGUCUCUGUUGCUGUCUUUGUGCAGCUCUAGAGCUCCCCCUGCUGGCCUGGAGCUCAGGGAGCUGAAAGUUCGCCAGCUCACUCUGUCCACCGACAAGGACAAAUACGGCAUUCGUCUGCGAGCUGAACCUGAUCACAUGGUGCUGGGCAAACGGCUGAAAGGGGCAUUUAAAUCUGUUACUGCAUCCAUCAAAGAGCUGGAGAUCAAAGAGCUGGAGAACUUCCAGAGGACAGGGUCUGUAGUUGUGGACGGUCACAAGCUGCAUGAGGACGACCUGCGUCUGAUGUACAGCUUCGAUCGGACCUCAGGAACGCCGUCGCAGUAUGAGGCGCACUCAGACGCUCAGGUGCUGGUUCUUCUCGACGUCACCACGGAUCAGUCCACGGUGGAUGAAGGUGUGGCCCGCGAGGUCAUCAACCGCAUCCAGAAACUACACAAGAAGGGUCAUCUGGUCCCGUCGGAUGAGAUCACGGUGUAUUACAGCAGUCAGCCAGCGGGGGAAUACCUGGAUUUAGUCAUCUGUGCCACGACUAAAGCUCCUCUCAAGCCCUAUCCAGUGGCCCAGAAUGCCAGUGUGAUCGUCCAGGAGAAAACGCAGCUGAAGGGCUCGGAUCUGGACUUCACUAUCGUGCGAGGGGCCGUCGUCUCCAGAGCCCCUCUGACCACCGCAGUCUGCGCUUACGUCAACCUCAGAGUCACGCUCAAGGACAAACGGCAAGAGGGUGUCGUUCUGCUGGAGAACCCAAAGGGUGAUGACACACUGGACGUGGAGCGGCUCAAGACGGUUUGCUGUAGUGUUUUUGGAAUCAACGGUGCAGCUGUGAGCAUAUUCAAUGGCAAGACAGAGCUGGAGGCGUCCUCUCUGCACACUCUGAACACCAAGACCCUCUUCCUGAAAGUUCUUCCUACAACAGCAGAAGCCUAA